UCCGUUACUAAUCCAAACGAGUAACCUCGACGUGGCUCGCUAGCUAGAUGUAAAUAUUGACUAAUUGGAAAUUUAUCACACAUGUUAUGGAGACAAGUUGCUUCUCUGAUAUCGACAAUGACUCGGCGUCAAUUGUUGGUGAUUCUGAAGGAGAAGAAGAAACAAAUCUUUACCUGGACAGAUUGAUACUUGCAGAUUUGCUAGACUCGCCCUACUCAUAUAAUUUGUCCACACCACACACCAUCAAUGGCUGUACAGACGGGUUUUCUCCUCAGAUAGCGAUGUUGACUUGUAGACGUUUGGAUGGCUUGGACCAAGUGCGUCUCACACCUGAAAAGAUCCAAUCCCCAUUUUUGUCAAGGAGUUCUGGGAAUCCAGAUGACGAGAAGGGAAUGGACGGUGUUAUCGCUCAAGGACAUGAUGGAGAAGACAGUGAGGGGAUGAUAGAAGAGGAUCCCUCUGAAGGGUCAGUGUCCUCACAGCACGUUGGGAGUGGUACCUCUACCAGACGUUUGAAGAGAGCAGCGACGGUAGCUAAGACACAGGGUGGCGGUGGUUGUGACCUCUCACAGAAGGAAAUAGGUGCAGAGCCCAAGAGACAGACCAGGCUGACUGACAGUCCGACACAGGGGAGUAGACAGACCAGACCAAUGGAAGAAAUCAGACCAACCAGACAGAAUGACAACCAGGCACAGGAGAACAAACAGGAGAACAGACAGACCAGGCAGACUGACAGCCAGAAGCAGGAGACCAGCAGACCAACCAGGCAGACUGACAGUCAGAAGCAGGAGACCAGCGGACCAACCAGACAGACCAGGCAGACUGACAGUCAGAAGCAGGAGACCAGCGGACCAACCAGACAGACCAGGCAGACUGACAGGCAUAAGCAGGAGACCAGCGGACCAACCAGACAGACUGACAGCCAGAAGCUGGAGACCAGCGGACCAACCAGACAGACCAGGCAGACUGAUAGUCAGAAGCAGGAGACCAGCGGACCAACCAGGCAGACUGACAGCCAGAAGCUGGAGACGAGCGGACCAACCAGACAGACCAGGCAGACUGACAGUCAGAAGCAGGAGACCAGCGGACCAACCAGACAGACCAGGCAGACUGACAGCCAGAAUCUGGAGACCAGCGGACCAACCAGACAGACCAGGCAGAAGCUGGAGACCAGCAGACCAACCAGACAGACCAGGCAGACUGACAGCCAGAAGCAGGAGACCAGCGGACCAACCAGACAGACCAGGCAGACUGACAGCCAGAAGCAGGAGACCAGCGGACCAACCAGACAGACCAGGCAGACUGACAGCCAGAAGCAGGAGACCAGUGGACCAACCAGACAGACCAGGCAGACUGACAGUCAGAAGCAGGAAAAUGGAGGUGUGAACCACGGUCAAUCCAAUAGCAGGCGGAGCAUCACCCGUCUGAAUGCCCUCCACCGGAGGAACCGUUACGGGGAGACUCUACUCCACAUUGCAGCCAUGCAAGGACACACCCAGUGGAUCAGAGGCAUGCUGUCGCUGGGCCCCGACAUCAACAUGGCCGACAACGCAGGUUGGACUCCUCUUCACGAGGCAGUGUCCCACGGUCACUAUGAGAUCAGUAAGCACCUGAUCCAGGCAGGAGCUCUGGUCAACUGUACUGGAGAAAAUGGAACCACACCUCUACUUGAUGCUGUAGUGCAGGGACACCUGCAGAUAGCAGAGUUGCUGUUGAAGCACGGGGCAGACCCUCUACUGAAGAACAAUGACGGACAGACAGCCUAUAGCAACACCACAGAGCCCUGUCUGAUCAAACUCAUGGAGAAAAACAUCCCCAAUAACAAGGGAAAGGCACUAGCAGGAAGAAGCGUUGAGAGGUCAGGAGCAGGAGAACCCAUGAGACUGUUGAGGUCCGUGUCCGAGGGCACUGUGUCCAGGAACAUCCCUGGGGGGUCCCAGAGCGGGCGGACCGUCACCCCUCUGAAUAUCCUCCACCGGAAGAACUGUUAUGGGGAGACUCUACUCCACAUUGCAGCCAUUCAGGGAGACACCCAAGGGGUCAGAGACAUGCUGUCACAGGGGCUCGACGUCAACAUGCCCGAUAAUGCAGGUUGGACUCCUCUUCACGAGGCAGUGUCCCACGGUCACUAUGAGAUCAGUAAGCACCUGAUCCAGGCAGGAGCUCUGGUCAACUGUACUGGAGAAAAUGGAACCACACCUCUACUUGAUGCUGUAGUGCAGGGACACCUGCAGAUAGCAGAGUUGCUGUUGAAGCACGGGGCAGACCCUCUACUGAAGACCAACAACGGACAGACAGCCUAUAGCAACACCACAGAACCCUGUCUGAUUAAACUCUUGGAGAAAAACAUCCCCAAGAACAAGAGAAAGGCACUAGCAGCACCAACAAAACGACCUGCAGAGUCGUCCCAACUCAGCCCGUCCCAAAGUGGAACAGGGAGGAAGCUCAGGAGGUUACCAGUUCAGGCAGAUCAGACCAGUACUGACCAGGAGAGAUACCAGCAGAGACGCACAACAACCAGGUCUGAAACCAGCAACACUGACCAGCAGAGACGCACAACAACCAGGUCUGAAACCAGCAACACUGACCAGCAGAGACGCACAAUAACCAGGUCUGAAACCAGCAACACUGACCAGCAGAGACGCACAACAACCAGGUCUGAAACCAGCAACACUGACCAGCAGAGACGCACAACAACCAGGUCUGAAACCAGCAACACUGACCAGCAGAGACGCCCACCAACCAGGUCUGAAACCAGCAACACUGACCAGCAGAGACGCCCACCAACCAGGUCUGAAACCUGCAACACCGAACAGCAGAGAGACACAACAACCAGGUCUGAUACCAGCAACACUGACCAGCAGAGACGGACAACAACCAGGUCUGAAACCAGCAACAUUGACCAGCAGAGACGCACAACAACCAGGUCUGAAACCAGCAACACUGACCAGCAGAGACGCCCACCAACCAGGUCUGAAACCAGCAACACUGACCAGCAGAGACGCACAACAACCAGGUCUAAAACCAGCAACACUGACCAGCAGAGACGCCCACCAACCAGGUCUGAAACCAGCAACACUGACCAGCAGAGACGGACAACAACCAGGUCUGAAACCAGCAACACUGACCAGCAGAGAUACACAACAACCAGGUCUGAAACCUGCAACACUGACCAGCAGAGAAGCACACCAACCAGUUCUGAAACCAACAACACUGACCAGCAGAGAGACACAAAAACCAGGUCUGAAACCAGCAACACUGACCAGCAGAGACGCACAACAACCAGGUCUGAAACCAGCAACACUGACCAGCAGAGAGACACAACAACCGGGCCUGAAACCAGCAACACUGACCAGCAGAGACGCACAACAACCAGGUCUGAAACCAGCAACACUGACCAGCAGAGAGGGACAACAACCAGGUCUGAAACCAGCAACACUGACCAGCAGAGACGGACAACAACCAGGUCUGAAACCAGCAACACUGACCAGCAGAGACGCACAACAACCAGGUCUGAAACCAGCAACACUGACCAGCAGAGAGACACAGCAACCAGGUCUGAAACCAGCAACACUGACCAGCAGAGACGGACAACAACCAGGUCUGAAACCAGCAACACUGACCAGCAGAGACGGACAACAACCAGGUCUGAAACCAGCAACACUGACCAGCAGAGACGCACAACAACCAGGUCUGAAACCAGCAACACUGACCAGCAGAGACGGACAACAACCAGGUCUGAAACCAGCAACACUGACCAGCAGAGACGGACAACAACCAGGUCUGAAACCAGCAACACUGACCAGCAGAGACGCACAACAACCAGGUCUGAAACCAGCAACACUGACCAGCAGAGAGACACAACAACCAGGUCUGAAACCAGCAACACUGACCAGCAGAGACGGACAACAACCAGGUCUGAAACCAGCAACACUGACCAGCAGAGAGACACAACAACCUCUACUAAAGUUGCAGGGGUCCUGGGAGAGAAAGAGGAGCCUCAUGGCGAUGGCUCUACUGGUCCAAACCGUCCAUUACCUUCUGUCCAGGAUGGGACGCGGUCUACAGCACCAGCUAUGAAGAGGAACCUGGAGGACCAGGCAGGGGAAGAAGACUCAAGGCCUAAUCACGCCAUUUUAUCAGACACAUCCACACCUAGAAAAGUCAUUAAACGCAUCACCACCAAACGGAAGGAUAUCUUUGAUUUGCUCCUGCAGAGCAACCCGUUCGACCUGGACAGUGUUCUAUUGGCGGCCCAGACAGGAAAUGGUCAGGCGACAACAGGAAGUCUUCAUGACUCUGUUGAUUCGGUUGCGUUGAGAAGUCAAAGUGCAGGUUUCCUGCUGGAGACAGCAGAUUUCAAAGGAAAAGAGGAAGGAAAGGAAUGGAACACAGAAAAGCAGGAAAUUACAAUAUCCUCAGAGGAGCUAACUCUAACUAAAGAUGGGAAUAUCUCCCAGCAUACUGACCACUGCCAGAGCCAGAGAGAGGAGAUCACUCUAGAUAGGAUUCUCUCCCAGCAUACCGACCACUGCCAGAGAGAGGAGAUUACUCUAGAUAGGAUUCUCUCCCAGCAUACUGACCACUGCCAGAGAGAGGAUAUUACUCUAGAUAUGAAUCUCUCCCAGCAUACUGACCACUGCCAGAGCCAGAGAGAGGAGAUAACUCUAGAUAGGAAUCUCUCGCAGCAGACUGACCACUGCCAGAGCCAGAGAGAGGAGAUCACUCUAGAUAGGAUUCUCUCCCAGCAUACCGACCACUGCCAGAGAGAGGAGAUUACUCUAGAUAUGAAUCUCUACCAGCAUACUGACCACUGCCAGAGCCAGAGAGAGGAGAUAACUCUAGAUAGGAAUCUCUCCCAGCAGACUGACCACUGCCAGAGAGAGGAGAUAACUCUAGAUAGGAAUCUCUCCCAUCAUACUGACCACUGCCAGAGAGAGGAGAUUACUCUAGAUAGGAAUCUCUCCCAGCAUACUGACCACUGCCAGAGAGAGGAGAUUACUCUAGAUAGGAAUCUCUCCCAACAGACUGACCACUGCCAGAGAGAGGAGAUAACUCUAGGUAUGAAUCUCUCCCAUCAUACUGACCACUGCCAGAGCCAGAGAGAGGAGAUAACUCUAGAUAUGAAUCUCUCCCAUCAUACUGACCACUGCCAGAGCCAGAGAGAGGAGAUUACUCUAGAUAUGAAUCUCUCCCAGCAUACUGACCACUGCCAGAGCCAGAGAGAGGAGAUAACUCUAGAUAUGAAUCUCUCCCAGCAUACUGACCACUGCCAGAGCCAGAGAGAGGAGAUAACUCUAGAUAUGAAUCUCUCCCAGCAUACUGACCACUGCCAGAGCCAGAGAGAGGAGAUAACUCUAGAUAGGAAUCUCUCCCAGCAGACUGACCACUGCCAGAGAGAGGAGAUAACUCUAGGUAUGAAUCUCUCCCAUCAUACUGACCACUGCCAGAGCCAGAGAGAGGAGAUUACUCUAGAUAGGAAUCUCUCCCAGCACACUGACCACUGCCAGAGAGAGGAGAUUACUCUAGAUAGGAAUCUCUCCCAGCAUACUGACCACUGCCAGAGAGAGGAGAUUACUCUAGGUAUGAAUCUCUCCCAGCAUACUGACCACUGCCAGAGCCAGAGAGAGGAGAUAACUCUAGAUAUGAAUCUCUCCCAGCAUACUGACCACUGCCAGAGCCAGAGAGAGGAGAUCACUCUAGAUAGGAAUCUCUCCCAGCAUACUGACCACUGCCAGAGCCAGAGAGAGGAGAUCACUCUAGAUAGGAAUCUCUCCCAGCAUACCGACCACUGCCAGAGAGAGGAGAUUACUCUAAAUAUGAAUCUCUCCCAGCAUACUGACCACUGCCAGAGCCAGAGAGAGGAGAUAACUCUAGAUAUGAAUCUCUCCCAGCAUACUGACCACUGCCAGAGCCAGAGAGAGGAGAUCACUCUAGAUAGGAAUCUCUCCCAGCAGACUGACCACUGCCAGAGAGAGGAGAUAACUCUAGAUAUGAAUCUCUCCCAUCAUACUGACCACUGCCAGAGCCAGAGAGAGGAGAUUACUCUAGAUAGGAAUCUCUCCCAGCAUACUGACCACUGCCAGAGAGAGGAGAUUACUCUAGAUAGGAAUCUCUCCCAGCAGACUGACCACUGCCAGAGAGAGGAGAUAACUCUAGGUAUGAAUCUCUCCCAUCAUACUGACCACUGCCAGAGCCAGAGAGAGGAGAUAACUCUAGAUAGGAAUCUCUCCCAGCACACUGACCACUGCCAGAGAGAGGAGAUUACUCUAGAUAGGAAUCUCUCCCAGCAUACUGACCACUGCCAGAGAGAGGAGAUUACUCUAGGUAUGAAUCUCUCCCAGCAUACUGACCACUGCCAGAGCCAGAGAGAAGAGAUAACUCUAGAUAUGAACCUCUCCCAGCAUACUGACCACUGCCAGAACCAGAGAGAGGAGAUAACUCUAGAUAUGAAUCUCUCCCAGCAUACUGACCACUGCCAGAGAGAGAUCACUCUAGAUAUGAAUCUCUCCCAGCAUACUGACCACUGCCAGAGCCAGAGAGAGGAGAUCACUCUAACUCAAGAGGGGCAUCUUUCCCAGCAUACUGACCACACAGACGAUCUAGGUGAAUAUUUCAAUUUUAACCCAACAACGAGUGCUGACAGAUACCAACACAAUAACACUAUCUGGGCAGAGGAAACCAGUCAAAACCCUGAACAGAAUACAUGUCCUGAAGCCUUAGUGCUGCUAGCUGGAUUGGAUGCCACAAGAAACAGCAUCUCCACCAAUAAGUCAAAGGUCACCCUCACCCACCGACCUGCUAGGCCAGAGAUUGACCCCAUGGACAAGACCAGAUCUGCGGUAGAGGUUGACCUGAGCCAAAUGGACCAGGAUGACACCUGCUGUACCCUUAUAGACAACGUCUCACUUGUUGAACACCUGUCGCUGUCCAAAGCACCUGUCCCUUUGGAAACCACUGACGUUGUGGAUGCCUGUGUGGCUGGGACAUCAUCUCCAUAUAUUAAUGAUCAGUGUAAGCUAGACAAUGGUCUCCUGUCCAAGGAAGACUUGGAGGAGCAGUGUAGCGUGUCUCUUCUUCCGCCUCAUUCAGACGCUACAACAACAACACACCUGGAUGUCACAAGACAAGCUUCCAUUGUUGAUGAGAAGCAGACACAACCAGCAGAGGCACCAUCAGCGAUGGAGGAUGAUAAUGAUGAAUAUCUUGGCUCUUGCAACACUAGCUCACCAUCCCUCCUAGUGGCUGAGGAGCUCCACGGCCCUGUGGGGAUAUCAGAAUGUACAGAGACCAAUAUCGAUACACUGUUUAUGCAGAGAGCAAGUCAAAUCCCCAAAGCUUCUUCCAUUGGAUCAGAUGUUGGUUUAAAAGCCAACCUGCUAAAAUGCACUGGUCUCGAUCUCCAGCUGAUUGGAGACAGACUGGACAGAGAGACCACGGCUGCUGUGACUGAUAGAGAUGGUGAGAGAUGUCAUAUUGAUGGUGGACGUGAGGGAGGCUCUGUAACACACAGAGUGUCUAGAGACCCAGAUGCUUCUACUGACAAGACUUUGUCUUACGACAAUAAAGACAAUAGUGCUGACUCUGACGUCACCGUGGUCUCUGAGCUGGACCAAGCAGAGACAAAGAACAAUGAUCUGGGACAAGUUGAAAAGGAGGAGGUGGCGAAAGCUCAUGUUCAACUUGAUUCAGAAGCGACAAUUGGUUCCGUCCAAGAUCAGGUGAGAGGAGUAGAAAACCAAACCCCCGGGACUGAAGUUGAGACUUUAGAUACAUUAAUAGAUUACUCUGAGGCGUGUGAGAUGAAUGGUAAUGGAUAUACCACUACUGUAAUGGAAGACUCCACUAGCCUGUUACCCGCUUUAGAUGACUGCCAAGCUAAAGACGGUGUGAAGGAAGAUGAACCAGAGAUGAACACUAUGCAAAGUGAUACGGGCAGCGCCAAACACCACAACAGCUGUAGUCAACACAAGAGGAAAGCCAAGAGCAGUAGAGCCAGACCUGGCAAGAGGCAGGCCAAGCUGUUGUUGAAGCCAAAGCCAAACCCUUGGGCAUCGCAAAACACAAGUACUAGUUACACAACAGGUGGUGCUGAUACCUCGUCUAGUUCAGUAGGUCCCAUGCCUGGCACAAAGAUUCCCUUGAGGAAUCUACACAAGAGAAACAGUAUGGGAGAGAGCCACCUUCACCUGGCAUGCAAGAAAGGAGACCUGGCUCUAGUGAGAGGCCUUCUGGAAGCAGGCCUAAAUGUCAAUCAGAUAGAUCACGCAGGCUGGACGGCGCUGCAUGAGGCCAGUGCUGCAGGCUCCGAGGCUGUGGUCAAGGAGCUACUGCAGGCUGGGGCUGAUGUUACCAGUAGAGGUCUGGAGGGCCUCACUCCUCUACAUGAUGCUGCUGCCUCAGGACACUGCAAAGUAGUGCAGCUCCUUCUUCAGUAUGGCGCAAACCCUCAAGACAAAAACGCUCUGGGCCAGACCGCCGUGGACCUAGCCUGCCACGACGACAUCAAACAACUCCUCUCCACAUCCCCAGGACCGUUUGUCCAACGAAGUUCCGCGCCCUCUGAGAGGCCCUCUGAGCGUUGUGGUGUCUCUAGGUCUGGGUCUGAGGGUCGCAGCAGAAGGAAGCCAGCUGGCCCAGCACGUCUCUGCUGUGAAGGCGACUGGGAAAGGCACAAAGCCAGACACACAGGUGUCAGGGAUACAGACAGAGAUGGAGAACGAGACAGGCAGCCUGGUGACAUUCAGCCCAGACAGAAAGACAGCACCACUGAGACACUGCAUCCCUCUGAAGCUAUCACUACGGCUCUGGAGGAUGUGGAGCGGAAACAAGAGGAAAUGUCAACCUGGAAAUUAAAUCAUUCAGAGGAUGCAAGUAUAGCAGCUGAAGACAAAUUGACGAUGGCGCUAUCAGAGAUCCAGAGUGUUCUGAAUGUUGUGCUGGAGAAACAGCAGGCGGAGAAAGAUGACCUCACCAAGAAGUACAGGAUAGCGUCAGACUCGUUCCGGCAGGGAGUGCUGCGUAGUCAGCUGACUUCGUUGGCGUCGCGUCAGAAGAGGCUGCUGGGUAUCCUCCAGAAGCAAAGCGACUUCAAGCUCCAGCUCCGCACCUGGAAGGGCCUGACCCUGACUCAGCACUCCCAGACUGGGAGAGAUCAGAACAUCUCCCACUCAUCAACCACCACUUCCAGCCCUGCUCCCUCAGAAAGGAGCCUCGCAGGCAACCAGGAGGGGAGCCACGCUUCCCCCUUGUUCAGCUCUACUGGUAGUCACGACAACCGAGACAAACAAGAAGGUAGUAGCCAGACAUCUCAGGUAGCGCCGCCUCGAACACAUCCAACACAACACCGGGAUGACAACAACGAAAACAACACUACCUUUCCAUCACAACAAGGAAACACCCCUGACAUGGGAAGCAAUGUGUUACAACAAGGGACGGCCAGUGAUGGAGAAGAGAACAGGAAGUUGAUCAGGCUCAUCAAGAGAGGGGUCAUCACACCAGGAGAGGAUGUACUACAGCUGAUGUGGAGGGGCUGUGUCCACCAGGCGUCUCUGCUCCUAGAAGGCUGGAUCAGAGACAGCGUCACGGGCAGAGAGUUCCAGGCCCCAGAGCUCUGGGUAGCAGCUAUCCUGGGAAACAACAUCCCUGUUUCCUCAGCCUAUGCCUGGGACAAGGUGAUGUACAGAGACAGGUCUCUGUCUGGUUACUUACUGGGCGUAGUGGACGUGACAGCCCCAGCAGCAGCAUCACAGAAGCCUGCCGAAUCCACACACCAUGAUGGCUCCUCUGCUCAGACUCAGGAUGUCCCCUCUGCAGCGGCACCUCUCGCAGAGUCAUCGGCAGUACUCAGAAAUAUAAUGCAAAUCAAGUCGAUCAGAUUAAUUGGUGAUGAGGAGUUUGUGCCCCAUCAUAUAAUGGACCGCUACUGGGACAGUCUUACACAGACACACACUGACGACUGGUUGUUUUAAACUCUUUAUUCCCAUGGAGACACUGAGGACUCAUAUUAAUGUGUGAUUCACUGUUAUCAAUGUUAUUAUUCAAGAUGUACAAGGGGGUGUUUUUAGAAUUAACUCUUUAUCCCACAAAGAGAACUGAACACUCUAGGGCAACUGAUGUUAUAAUUAAGCGAUAAGGCACGAGGGGGUGUGUUAUAUGGCCAAUAUACCGAGGCUCAGGGCUGUUCUUAAGCACGACGCAAUGAAGAGCGCCUGGACACACCCCUUAGCCGCCAUAUACCACAAACCCCGAGGUGCCUUAUUGCUAUUAUAAACUGGUUACCAAUGUAAUUAGAGCAGUUAAAAGUAAAUGUUUUGUCAUACCCGUGGUAUACGGUCUGAUAUACCACGGCUGUCAGCCAAUCAGCAUUCAGGACUCGAACUACCCAGUUUAUAAUAACCCUUAUGUUACACUAAUGUUAUAAUGUAAUGUUUUAAAAAUGACUGUUAUUUGAACACUUAUCAAUGUUAUGAUUUAUUGAUAUUCAAGCCUAUCAAAGUGGUUCUAUGACGUCACCUUUAUAUGUUAAUUUGUUCUUCCCACGGUUGUGUUUUUCUCCCAAGUGUUGUUGUUGUGAAGCCUAAUUGGUUAUUGUGAAAGCUUAAUUGGUUAUUGUGAAGCCUAAUUGGUUAUUGUGAAGCCUAAUUGAUUAUUGUGAAGCCUAAUUGGUUAUUGUGAAGCCUAAUUGGUUAUUGUGAAGCCUAAUUGGUUAUUGUGAAGCCUAAUUGAUUAUUGUGAAGCCUAAUUGGUUAUUGUGAAGCCUAAUUGGUUAUUGUGAAGCCUAAUUGGUUAUUGUGAAGCCUAAUUGGUUAUUGUGAAGUCUUAAUUGGUUAUUGUUUUUGUGUAAAGUAAUUCCAUUAUUAUUGGACUUUAUCUAGACGGCCACAAUUACAGCAAGUUUUAUUUUCUUAAGUAAACCAUAAU